CAUGCAGUACAGAGUUUUAACUGAAUAUAUAUAUAUGUCAAUAUAUGUCAAAAUUCAUCAGUGGAACUUAUCACGUUUAACCUUCGUUCGCGCGCAUUUACUGUAACCGUUUUCUGUUGUGUCGUUCACGCACGAGAUUUCGGCAGACUAUGCAGGACUUUCCCUGUGUUUUAUCAGAACACGAGGAAAUAAAUUCUCUUCUUUACAGGCCUAUCAAUUCCACCCAACGAAUCAAGUACACAUGCUUCAACACUUCUGCCAAUUAUAUCAUAUUAGGUUCCACCAGUGGCAGUAUCUACUUGUUUUCAAGAGAGCCAUGUUCUUUUCUGCAAUUAAUACCAUUAUCGGAAGGAGCAGUUUCUCGGGUUCUAAUAUCACCUGAUGAAAAAACAAUUGCACUAGCAACAGCACGUGGAGCGGUUUGUCUAAUGGCUUUAAAGCCUAUACCAAAACUGUUAGCUGUAUCAACAGAGCAUGUGAACGACCAAGUUAACUGUCUCUGUUGGAAUAAUAAUAGCUCUGAAGUAUAUGCUGGAGAUUGCAAUGGUAAAAUUUCAGUCAUGGUGUUAUCCAUUUUUACGGUGAAUGGAAUGUUUCAAGGACCAGUCUGCGUCUUAAUGAAUUUGGAUUCAGCUGUUGUGCAAAUCAAUUUCUCUUCACCUUUAUUAUUAGUAUCGACCUUAACGCGUUGUUACAUAUGCGACACGGUUCAAGAACAAUACAAACAAGUGGGGAAUAAAGUACGGAAUGGAGAAUUCGGAGCUUGUUUCUACAAAACAUACCUUACUGAGAAUAAGACUACUUCGGUCGUGCAAAAGGAGGAGAAGCUAGUCAAUAGAAAACGUUCUUUCAAUUUCAUUCCUGAGGGGAACAGUAAUGUACAAGAAGAGAAUUUUCCGCAAAUUUUUUGCGCUCGGCCAGGUUCAAGACUCUGGGAAGUAUCAUCGAAUGGAGUUGUAAUGAAGACUCAUCAGUUUAAAGAUGCGCUGGCUGUUCCACCUGUAACAAUAUGCAAAAGAAAUGCUAGCAAAUCCAUAUAUCAAAAGAAAAUGGAACAAACCUGGACACCGCAGUCGAUUAAUUUUUCCCAUUUAUUCAUAAUCGCGAAAAAGUAUUUAUUUUCAUACACAUCCGGUGGCUUAUACAUAGUUGAUCCUGUGACUGCGACCGUCGUACUAUGGAACAACGAAUUUUCAAAUAUAAGUAUGGCAGAAACGGUGAAAAACAGAAUAUAUUUAAUGACGUCUGAUGGAGAAUUUCAUUGCUUAACUUUUUCGUUCUUAGACUCUUUAAUAUUACGAUUGUACAAUAGGAAAAAGUAUUGCGAGUGUUUAGAACUGUGUCUGUUGUAUAAAGGACAGCUGAAGAAGUUAGUAAAUGGCAUGGAGAUUAGUAACAUAUGUGAUGUGGAGAACGAAGUACAGAUACUCAGGGAUGACGAAUUGUCAACGUUGUUACAUCCUUUAACGCUCCUUCUGGAAUCCAAUUCUAAGACGAGCCCAAUAAAAUUAGAUUCAGGUAUCGUUGUUGUGAAUUCCGGAAGCUCUGUUUCGAACGAGGACGAAACUUUCAGGCACAUGUCUGCAUCUCAUUGUACCCCGCAAAACAUUGAAAAUUUUUAUGACUCUGAGUUCUCGGAAAACAUUAAUAUGUUGGAUCAUCCGCCAGUCGAUUUUAGCGAGGACAUUAACAGAACUGAAGACGUAAACUGUAACGCAGCGAAUAAAGUAGAAAAUAAUGAGGAAGCAUCAAAUAACAAAGAAGAAGUAGAUCCAAAGAAAAGUGCAAUGCAAACAAUACAAGCAGAUUUAGAAGCUAUAUAUGCAUUAGUUGGAAAUAUUAGACUUUCUAUGAGCGAAGGGGAAUUAGAAACAAUAAUAUCAAAUAUAGACUGGAGAAUGAAUGUAAUUAAAGACUCCUACGAAAGUUUAACUGACUUGAAGAGCUUUUUGUACGAAAUAUUGAGAAGCGCGGAAUUAUAUUACUUUAACACGCUAUUGGAGAACACUUCCAUACAAUUACUUCAAUCGACUGAUAAUAUACAAAUUAUAACACAAAUAACAAAAGCUUUUGUUAAUAUAAACGCACAGAGCUGCAAGAGGUGUACCUGUGGUAGUCCAUGCUCAACAAUUGAAUUAGUAGAACCAAAGUUCCUGACAAUUGGUAGAUCUCUUCUUAAAAAAUUUGUAAAUGAAAACAAAGAACAGUGUAUAGGUUUAUGUAAUAGAGUACCUUACAUGUGGCGAGAAUAUUUACCGAUGUGUGUAGAGGAACAGGGUGUAUUCAUAAACGAUUCACUAUGUCAGUGCCUUCAGAUUAGAGACAGCAUAGCACUUUCCAUACUUUUACCUCUAUUAGAUGGAAAACACUGGAAUCUUUUGGCGACAUAUCUGAAGCAAAUGCAGGAAGGACAGUGUCUAUUCUGUGGCAAGUCUAUAAAAAACGGAAACAACGAAACCGUCGAGUUAAUACAAUGGCAUGCUGUGAUACAUGAAAUUAUGAAGAAGCAGGGACCUGAUUUCACCAUGGCACUAUUAGUAAAAUUAGAGAAAGCUGUACCAAACAUUUUCAUCGAUAAAAGUAUAUUUCAGUCGCUUGUAUUUACAAAAAUCUUGUAUCAGCAUGGGAUGAAACGUACCAUUAGUUUCAAUAAGAAUAGUCUCGAGUCAUCUGAAUAUAAUACAAUGUGUUCUGCGAAGGUCCGCGAUGAAUUGGCAGAAGUUCUUGAGAAAGAUUUAGGUAGACCAAUUAGUAAAGACAUUUUUGCCAAUGGAGCUCAUCAUUGGGGAAUGCAUUAUCAAUAUAAAUUUUCUACCUGUCCUUGCUGCACUUUAUCCCUUCAAACGCCGGUUUUGUUAGGUAACAAUGGAAUCGCGAUAUUUGGUUGUGGUCAUGCUUAUCAUGUGAACUGUAUGAUUGAGAAAAAACUCACAACGUGUAAUCUUCAUUCUUAAAUGUACCUAUAGAACGAAUAAAAAUAUCUCGUAAGAGAACGCAUUAAUGUGUAGGCAUAAUACAUCAUUUUUAAAGAAACUACACGUUGCUUAUAUUGUGAUGAAAAUACAAUUUUGUUAUACGCGAUUUCGCAGAACACUCGAGCAGUUAAGUUUCAUAAGUGUACAUAGAAAUUUAUUGUCUCAAUACAGAUCUUUAUU